GCUAAACUAAAGCUUGGAAAUAUAGUUUCUGCACGGGAUAUGUACGAGGGAAAUGCUCAAAAGAGGCUUUCGAGCGAACCCUUUUGUUUAUACAUUGUUUAUAGGAGCAUACUGCAAAGAGGGAAGAAUCGACGAAGCGCAUUGCAUGAUGAAAGAUAUGGAAGACAUGGGAUUGAAACCAUGUGAGGAGACUUACAACUCUCUUGUUGAGUGUUAUGCCAAAGCCGGAAGAUUGGAAGGAAGCUUAAGGAAUUGUGAGGUAAUGAUGGAGAAGGGCUUCGUUCCUAGUUGUGCAGCUUUCAAUGAGAUGGUUCACAAGCUUUGUGAGAAUGGAGAAGCGGAAAAAGCAAAUGCGAUGCUAACUCGAUUGUUAGAGAAAGGGUUCUCACCGAAUGAGAUCGCAUAUGCUAGUCGCAUUGUUGGCUAUGAGAUGAAAGGCGAUGUGGAAGAAGUUCUUAAGCUCUUUUAUGAAAUGGUGAGCAAGUCAAUAUCUCCUGGAUCAUCGGUUUGUACAACGUUGAUUAGGAGCCUCUGUCGAUCUGGAAAAUUGGAGGAAGCAGAGAAGUAUCUUAGAAUUAUGAAAGAUCGUUCGCCAGCAAGCAGUAAACGAAUGUUUGUAUGAGAGUUUGAUUGCUAGCUACACUCAUAAGGGUGACAUGAA